AUGAGAAACCAUACACCAAUAACAACUUUUAUCCUGCUGGGGCUAACAGAUGAUGCCCAACUACAAAUUCUGCUUUUCAUCUUUCUGUUUCUCACCUACAUAUUGAGUGUAACAGGGAACAUGACCAUUAUCACCCUCACACUUUUGGACUCCCAUCUUAAAACCCCUAUGUAUUUUUUCCUCAGAAAUUUUUCCUUCUUAGAAGUCUCAUUUACCACAGUCUGUAUUCCUAGAUUCCUGUACAGUAUAUCAACUGGGGAUAAAACCAUUAGCUAUAAUGCUUGUGCAAGUCAAAUAUUUUUUGUUAUUUUAUUUGGAGCAACCGAGUUUUUUCUCCUGGCAGCCAUGUCCUACGACCGCUACGUGGCCAUCUGUAAACCCCUGCAUUACAUGACCAUCAUGAACAGUCGGGUAUGUACCUUAUUAGUCGUCUGCUGUUGGGUGUCUGGUUUGAUGAUCAUUCUCCCACCCCUUAGCCUGGGCCUCCAGCUUGAAUUCUGUGAUUCCAAUGCCAUUGAUCAUUUUAGCUGUGAUGCAGGUCCCCUCCUAAAGAUCUCCUGCUCAGAUACAUGGGUAAUAGAACAAAUAGUUAUCCUCGUGGCUAUAUUUGCACUCAUUAUCACCCUAGUGUGUGUGUUUCUGUCCUAUACAUAUAUUAUAAGGACAAUUUUGAGAUUCCCUUCUGUCCAACAAAGAAAAAAGGCCUUUUCUACAUGCUCAUCCCACAUGAUCGUGGUUUCCAUCACCUAUGGCAGCUGCAUUUUCAUCUAUAUCAAGCCCUCAGCAAAGGAUGAGGUGGCCAUAAAUAAAGGUGUUGCGAUGCUCACUACUUCUGUUGCACCCUUGUUGAACCCCUUCAUUUACACUCUGAGGAAUAAGCAAGUGAAACAAGCUUUUACUGACUCCAUAAAGAGGAUAAAAUUUCUCUCAAAGAAACUGAAGUUUUGA